GCGAUUAAGUUAAUCCUCUAUAUAAGAACUCCAGCGGCAGAAGCCAAUUCUCGAGUCUCAGAUUCACCUUGUGUUUCCUUCUCCGGAAAAAAAGGCAGGAAGGGCACAGGUGACAGCGUACUGAGGUGACCCCAGCCUCCGAGGCGGAUGCCAUCGAGACGGGGCUAGGGAAAAUUUCACUUCCAGGUUACGAGCAGACGGAUCUGGCCGAACGCUGCUUCCGGUUAGCUGCGUAGGGUUUGGGGUCCUGGUUCGUGGCCAUAGACCCUACACCGAGAAGGCGGCUUCCACUGACUGAGGGACGUGAACUUCGGGAGAGACAAAAAGAAUCCGGUCGGACCGGACCCGAACUGACCAUUGCCCAUGGCGACUCUAGGCCCCUUGGGCCAGAAUGUCACUGAGUACGUCGUUCGUGUUCCCAAGAACACAAAUAAAAAAUAUAACAUAAUGGCAUUUAAUGCCGCUGAUAAAGUCAACUUUGCUACUUGGAAUCAGGCUCGACUAGAACGGGACUUGAGCAACAAGAAAAUUUACCAAGAGGAGGAGAUGCCUGAGUCAGGUGCAGGCAGUGAGUUCAACCGCAAGCUUCGAGAGGAGGCCCGGAGGAAGAAGUACGGUGUUGUCCUCAAAGAGUUCCGGGCUGAGGACCAGCCCUGGCUGCUCCGUGUCAAUGGCAAAUCAGGCAGGAAGUUCAAAGGCGUAAAGAAGGGAGGCGUGACAGAGAACACAUCCUACUACAUCUUCACUCAGUGCCCUGAUGGGGCCUUCGAGGCCUUCCCCGUGCACAACUGGUACAACUUCACACCCCUGGCCAGGCACCGCACCCUCACUGCUGAGGAGGCUGAGGAAGAAUGGGAGAGGAGGAACAAGGUGCUGAACCACUUCAGCAUCAUGCAGCAGCGGCGGCUCAAGGACCAGGACCAAGACGAGGAUGAGGAAGACAAGGAGAAGCGUGGCCACAAGAAGGCCAGUGAGCUACUCAUCCAUGACCUGGAGGACGACCUGGAGAUGUCAUCUGACGACAGCGAGGCCAGCGGCGAGGGGUGCAGCAGAGCCCCCAAGGCAAAGAGGAAGGUGCUACCCACCAAGGCAGGCAGGAAGAGGAAGAAGAAGAAGGGCUCAGAUGAUGAGGCCUUCGAGGACAGUGAUGAUGGGGACUUUGAAGGCCAGGAGGUGGACUACAUGUCAGAUGGCUCCAGCAGCUCCCAGGAUGAGCCAGAGGGCAAGCCCAAAGUGCUGCAGCAGGAGGAGGGGCCCAAGGGUGUUGAUGAGCAGAGCGAAAGCAGCGAAGAGAGCGAGGAGGAGAAGCCACCUGAGGAGGAGAAGGAGGAGGAGGAAGAAAAGAAGACACCCACCCCACAGGAGAAGAAGCGCCGGAAAGAUAGCAGUGAGGAGUCAGACAGCUCGGAGGAGAGUGACAUUGACAGCGAGGCCUCCUCAGCCCUCUUCAUGAAGAAGAAGACACCCCCCAAGAGGGAGCGGAAGCCCUCAGGAGGCAGCUCAAGGGGCAACAGCCGCCCAAGCACACCCAGCGCUGAGGGCAGCAGCACCUCCUCCACCCUGCGGGCUGCUGCCAACAGACUAGAGCAGGGGAAGCGUGCAGGUGAGACACCGGCAGCUAAGCGGCUGCGGCUGGACGCUGGGCCCCAGAGUUUGUCUGGAAAGUCAGCCUCACAGCCACCAUCGGGCAAGUCAACACCCAGCAGCGGUGAUGUGCAAGUGACUGAGGACGCUGUGCGCCGCUACCUCACCCGGAAACCCAUGACCACGAAGGACCUGCUGAAGAAGUUCCAGACCAAGAAGACGGGCCUGAGCAGCGAGCAGACUGUGAAUGUGCUGGCCCAGAUCCUCAAGCGACUCAACCCUGAGCGCAAGAUGAUCAAUGACAAGAUGCACUUCUCCCUCAAGGAGUGAGGCUCUGCUCAAUAAACAGGCUCUGUUCUCCAGGA